UUGAUAUCAGGAAAUCAUUUGACCCUGCUCAUUCUCUCAGCACAGAUCACAUGCAGCAGCAGCGCCAUCACUUGCUCAAGUUGAUGUCCUCCUCUUUCUCAAAUGUGCUUCUGCUGUGUGCUGUAUUCGUAGUAAUGUUUACCUUUGCAGGCCCCACCCAUACAGUCAUGCUGAAGUGCAUCAAAGUCUGACCUAUUUCAGCAUCCAGGUGUGAACACUUGUUUAGAUAGACUCUGUCCUGUGGGAAUGCCAGCAGCAAUCAAGGCCUGCGCCAUCAAGGGCCUGCAACCAGUUGCAACACACCUCUUCAUAAUUCAGUACAUGUGAGAGGAAACCUCCUGUCCAGCACUGCAACAUCAUGGACGCAUGUGCACGGAUCAGAGGGGUCCCGUUAAAGAGCUGUGCCACUAUGAAGAAAGAGACCAUCCGUGAGGGCUCAAACCCGUGCCUGAAGAGCCUGUUGAAACACAAGAAGGAGCUGUGCAAUGUGGUAGUGGAGCUGCAUAAUAAGGAACCACAGUGUCUGUCAGAAGUACAUUACGUAUGGCUACCUAGUCACGUUGAGGGGGAAGAUUUUACUCUACAGACUCUGACGUCCCUCUCCACUGAGAUGAUGGAGUUGCUUAGAUCACUACAUGUACAUACCCUUAAGGAUGAAGAGAUUCUCCUUCUCAAAGACCCUAAAAGGCCAUUUGAGAGAAAAGAUAGUGUUUCUCAGGCCUGUUCAAGAGUCUUGUGCAUUUUGAGACAUAACCCCAACCCUCAGAUUAGUGUUUGCAGCCUGCUGGGGUUGUUGGCUCGAUACACAGCUGGGAUAAGGUAUGCACUGGAGUUACAGGUUUUGAAGAGGGGCACCUCAGAAGCAUGCCAAGCUGAGGAUGAUGACACCAAUCAAUCUGUCUCUUCUAUUGAAGAGGACUUUGUUACUGCUUUUGAGCAUCUUGAAGAGGAGGAUACAGGUGCCCAUAGUCAGAGGAAUCAAAGGGAUGUGGCAUCCCAGACUGUUCCCUCUCAUUCAAGAGAUUUAUCUGGAUCUCGGAUUAUUAUAAGUUCAAUACAGAGGAAGUCGUUGCCCAAGGAAAAGGCUGCUUCAAAAGUGUCAGAAACCGUCCUGAAGUCAACACCAUGGCCUGCAAGUUCAGAGAGCUCAUAUGCACUUAGCAGUCUUCCAAAGGGACGUGCUACUUCCACAUCCCUCACAGAGUCCGAUGAGUCAGACUGCUCAAGUCCCAGCCCUAUUAUAUUCCUGGAUGAAGUUGGAUAUCAGAAGAGUCUUAAGGCAAAACUUCACAUCCCCAAGAUCCCUGUUUUAAAGAAUGGAGUAGAAGACUCUGACUCAGAAGUCAGUGAAUUUUUCGACAGCUUUGAUCAGUUUGAUGAACUAGACAGGUCUUUUGAUUCCAACAUCAAGGUCCUUAAAGAACAGCCCCUCCCUGGUCAAACAGAGAAGCAUGUUGGCAACUCUGGUUGUAAAUUUGUAUCAAGGGGGUGCUCGACCACAGCAAUGAACCCUCACAAGUUUGAUCAUAGGACUCUUCCAGCCAAUGUCAAGAAACCAACUCCACUUAAACCAGGAUCACCUUACAGUAUUCACUCUGAUUCACCAGAUUCCCCAUGGCCUGUGAGGACUCCCUGUGAGGAAAGCGGGCCACUCUUCAGUCCAGUUUGUUCAUCUGCAUUUAGCCCACUGGGAGAAGGAGGCUCCUUAGAGUAUUUUUGGAAGGCAGAUGAAGAUGGCUCAGAACUACGUAAACCACAGGACCUUUGCUCACUGUACAAAACAUACUCUGAUUUUGCCAACAACCUGUCAAAAGAAAUCCUUGGAUCAGUCUGUGGGUACUCCUCCCCUGUUGAUUUUAACAUUAAUAAGAACUUGAGCUGUGUGUGUCAUAAGGAGUUCAAAAACACUAAUGGGCAUCUAAUGAAGCUUUCAGACAUCCAGGAGACAGUCACCAUCACCAAGUCCCAAUCACAGUCUCUUAAGGAUGGGAUUCAGAAGUUUGCUACAGACUUGGUUGAAAUGAGCCUUGGAAGUGCCUUUAAGGACUUGCAGAAAGGUGUGUCCUCCUGUACCACUACACUUUGCCAUUUGGCUGCAAGGCUGACUUCUUCAGUAUUUCAAAUGGCCUUUCAUGAGAUAGGUAUGCGCCAUGCAUAUGUGUUAAAAGAGCGUGCCGUAAAUGGUCUAGCCAGUUUCCUAGUAGGGGAAGCCAUUUCUGGAGCCCUCACAGAGUUUCUCUUUGUGAAAAAGCAGAUUUUCAACAAUACCGUCACACGGUUUGCUGCGGAUCUGGCUGAGGAAUUAGUGUUUGAAGGUAUUAUGGAGGUUUGCCAGUUUUCACAUCCCUCAACUCCACUCACACCAAGUGACUGGUCGUUUGAGCAAGAGGAAGAAGUGGUUUCCUCCUACGCCUCUGACCUGUCAGAGUCUGUUCUCCAAGAGGCUUUUAUAGAGCUCUCACAAUCUGAUGUGACUUUCACUACACAGGCAGCUAUCAGUGUGUCGUUAGACAACAUUUGCUAUGUGAGUGCUGAAGAUAGUUCCCUCAUCACAAAAACCUGCAGUGCCCAAACUAGUUAUCUUGGAUAUCAGUCUGCCGUUGAGGCUGCAGAUCAAGAGCAGGAUGGUUGCACAGUGAAGAAAGCCUUGUAUUGUGUGUCAGGUAUGGCCAGUUGUGUUCCAGUUCCUAUAGCUGGCAAGGUCUUAGCCCAUGUCCACAACACAGAUGAACCUUCUCCUUAUAAAUCCAGUAUUGGUCACGUAUGUCAGACCAUUCCUAAAAGAACCAUUUGUUGCCAAGGGGAAGUGGCAUCCUCAACCUCGGAUACCUCUGAAGAAACUCAGACUGAGUCAUCACCAGGUCCUGCAAGAAUCCAGGGUGUCAGUGAUGAGGAAGUUAUUGGCAAUCCAUCCGUUGAACAUGAUUCUGGCAAACCCUCGAUUGGAAAGACUUUUCAGAACUUUUCUGGGAAUAUGGUGGACACUAUAGUAGGUGAGGCGUUUGAUCUUAUGCAUUCUUCAACAAAAGUGAAGAAGAAAGUGGAGGAUUGUGCAGACUUUUUGAGCAAAUCUAUAGCAGCUCGCAUAUCUACUCCAAGCCAUGGAAGUGGUAAUUCACAUGAUGUAUCGACUGAGAGAGGUCUCUCUCAGAUUCCCUUUCACUUGAUGUCAAAAGGCUCUUGUGACCCAUCCUCCAGAAGUGUACGCCCAGUCUCCAGGCUCACAAAAGAGAUCCGUUCUGCUGUUAGAAUGGACACAUUGGAAGUACCCACUUUUGAAGUUGCCUUAUGUGGAGGUAGAAAAGUCGGUGCAGAUGAUUUUUCAAGCAGCAACUCUGGAACAAAAUCAUCUGAAAUCCCUAGCACUCCACCCUCAAGUCCUCAGCAGCCAUCAGACGGGUACAGUGAAAAACAGAUCAGACAGUUUUCGAAGAAGCUCAAAGGAACGCUUGCAAAAGAAUUUUCUCCUGCCACUCCUCCAUCGACCCCUUAUUACCCACCUGCCGGCGACACCAAAGAAGAAGGUUCUGUUUCAGACAAGGCCGAUUUCAUGCUGAAACUCAUUAGGUCUCUCUCUGAAGAAGCUGUCAGCAAUGAAGAUCAGGAGGAGGACCAGGAAGAUGGCCCUCACUCUAGAAACUGCGAGGCCGAAUUGAGUCCCAAUUUCAGGAACAAAAUGAUCGAGAGGAGUGCGCUCCAUUAUGCAGAGCGCUUAGCAUGCCACAUUGUUUCCAUGGCCACUGAGAUGGACACACUAAACUUCGGAGAUGUGAAGAAACCAGUGGGUGACGAAAGCAAAGACAGUGUUGCCUUGCAUAGUGCACAGUUCUCAGAGCAGACUUUAAACUCUUUGUGGACAUAUGCUGGAGAAGUGGCUGGAGAAGUCAUCAAUGACGUCAAGAAGAUGAUGAGUUCAAGCCACUGUCGUCACAAAAUCAUAAAAAGAGGAUCUGUGAACUCUGCAGAAAAACGUCAGAGUGGAGACGGCCUUUUGGGAAAUCUGACUUGUCAGUGGCCUGGUGAUGUCCAAGUGAGUGGCACUUCAAGUUGGAUGUCAUCAGAGUAUCCAAGUUGCGAGAGUGUCAGUGACGAAUAUGCAGGAUACCUCAUUAAGGUGCUCAAGAAAGAGGGAGGCAACCGAGAGCUUAUAUUGGAUCAGUACGCCACUCGCUUGGCAUAUCGAUCUAUUAAAUCUGGCCUGGCUCAUGCAGCUCGAAAAAUGAAGCAGAGAUCUCCUUUGAGGCUUCACUCAUCUAGGCGUUUACACAACGAUCGUAAUCCUGAUGUUUCCCAAAUUCCCAUAUCCAAGUCAUCCCACGCUGCACUUACUGAUGGAAAAGAUGGAUUCUCUUGUGAAUCUCUGCCAUGUUCUUGUCAAGACGGUCAAGACCUGAGCAGUAAUGAAUAUGUAGAACUUGUGAACUUUGCAGAGUCGCUGGCCUACAACAUCACAUGUGACGUUACGAGAAAGCUGAGAAUGAGCUCAGUUAGACUGCCAAAAUCGCUUACUGAUUCUUGCCUCUACAGGAAAUCGACUAUGGAGGACAUGCCGGAAAAUCUAAUCAAAAAUACAUUUUCAUGCUCUCUUUUACCUUGCACAGAAACUAACAGGCUCUACCGUAGUACAAGCAGCUUAAAUGAUGGCAAAAACAACAAUGGUGUAAUGCAAGUGAUUGAACAUUAUGCCAGAAAAAUUGUUGAUGAUACUUUGGAAAUAACGCUGGGUCCAGCAUGUGUUCAGGCAGCGGGGGACAGGAGGGCACUUGAUCGCAAUUCCUUCACAGAAAAGCUGGCUGAGGCAUAUGAAGCCUGUCGAUACUGCCAAGGUCGUGAUUGCCUGUUUUGCUGUAGAGACGGCCCUCAUGGUUUUCAGGGAGUGAAAAUAAGAAGGCAACAAGAAUCAGAUGCAGUGACUGGACUGGAAAUCCCUAGAAUACACAUUGAUUUGGAAAAAAGAGCAGCUUUUGCUGAAGAAAUGGUGUCCAGUGGCAUUGAGAAAGCCAAAAAGGAACUGAGCUGCACCAGUCUGAAUGCAGACAGUGGGAUCGGUCAUGAUGGCGCAAGCUUUGCAGAAAGUCUCACCACAGAAAUAAUGACAUCCGCAUUGUCCAACGCCUGCCCAACCGUCAGUCUUGGUACCUCCAGAAGAGAAGGCGUCAAUGUGACGGAGUCAACGGUGAGUCAGCAGCUCAGUUUGAGUGUUGGUGAUGACAGUCUCGGUAGUUGGUCCAAUCUGAGUUUUGAGGAAGACCACCCAGAUGAGAGCAGCAGCUUUCACCAUCUAAGUGACAGUAAUGGAAACAGCAGUAGCUGGAGCAGUCUGGGUUUAGAAGGCGAGGUUUAUGAAGAGCAUUUGUCCUUCUCUCCAUCAGACAGCGACGGCACUGAAGAGAAGGAAGCUGAGGCCAAAGAGGAUUCAGGCGGAGCGGUGCGAGUGGAGAGGGAACAUGGGCUGGCAGAAAGAGCUCUGCUGGUGGUCAGUACAGACGUCCAGGGUCGAGCUGUGGACCCCCAGAUGACGGCUGUGCUCCAGUGGAUCGCUGCUUCUAUCGCUGAUCUGUCUUUAAUGCAGCUGAGCCAGUUCUCAGCCCGGGAGCUGCAGCAGCUGCCGGCCGUAGCGCAGAGGCUGAGGGAGAGAGAGUUCAGGGUCGGCGACCUCCUCCAGGCUCUUCUGAGAUAUCUCGAAGAACGUCGCUCUGAGGAAGAGCUCGGGGACACAAGGAACGGCCAAAAGAGCCUCUUCCAGUGGCUUCUGGAAAAAGUCUAAAUCACAUCACUCAUUAAACGAUGAAGUUUCCUGUCACUUUACAGUGAUCUGCAAUGUGUCUCCCGAACUUAGAGGCAUAGCUGGUGGAAUGUGUUUGUGUUGUGUAUUGCUUGUGCACCCGUGGCCACCCAGGGGGCGCCAUAGAAACAACUGAAGUAAUCUAAGAGCCGUUCGUUCAAGUGUGUGUAUUGCAUGUCGUGACCGAGAGUAUCUUUUGCUUGUUUUGACCUCUCUUUCACGUCUUUGUUUUCUUUAAGAUUAGACUGCAUAUCACGCCUUCACUGAUGCCUGCCCGUGUUUUGCAUUCACACCCUGCCCCAACACGAAAGACUGAUGGGUUUUAUGAGUUGGUGUCUUGUUAGGGAAUCCUCAUGGCUGCAGGAAAGCUUAUGUCAUUUCCAUAACUCCCCUUUGCGGUGAUGUUUGCACUUGUCGAAGGGACCCGCCAUGCGAUCCAGCAGCGCUCCAGGUCAACAUGAAGUAUUGCAUGACUCAGAACACAUAAGAGUAAUUAUAACAAACAACCGUUUCAGCACAUUUUUGGCAGCAACACUUGGUUACCAGUCGUGACGGUUUAAAAAUACCAUUUCACUGGUAAUUAGUUACUGUUGAAAGAAUCCAUCAACAAAUAGUCAGUAGUUUUGCAUUCCCCUCAUAUGACUCAUGCAUUUUUCAGUUAUGAUCAGCUAUUCAUAAUGGUUUAAAGUCAAUUGGUAUACCUGCAAAUAUGCUUUUCUAGGUUUUGAUAUUUAACUGUAUUGUUUACACCCCUAGCUGCAAUCAGGUUCCACACGAUCCAACGCCCAUAAUGAAUCAAACGUGUUUUAGUUCACUACAAAGUGACGUUUUUGGUUACCAACUUACUGGAAAAACACUGCAUACUAUUAAACUUCGCUUAAAAAGCUGCUAAACAUUUGCCUGAUUAGGAAACCAAGUAGUAAGCAUUACUAGUGAACAUCACCUACAGGGGACUUCUCUCUGUAUUAUCAAAUUUCCUUGUGGCGUUGUACACUCAUUGGAGGUUACUGUGACUCACUGGUAGUACAUUUGAACUAUUGACCAUCUCUACAGUCCGUUCCACGUGGACCUCUUACUGACUGCUUGCCCUUUGGUGUGCACUAUGCCGAAUAUUGCACUUUACUGAAGAAUGGUCAGACAGGCUGUUCCCUACAUCUUUGUGUAGACCACAGAAAACACUCCUAUUAUAGCGAAGCAUAAACGAUAGAUUGCCGACAGCUAGUAGGUGUUUGGCACAUCUAACUAAACAAGCCCUAAGGGACCGGUGUUCUGUAUCAAAAGUAUUUUCUCACUUUGUUACUCGCUCUCACGAUGGUCUAAAUCUGUAUGCUGCUUUGAUUUUAGAACUCCUGUCAAGCUAAAAAAAAAACACAAUAAAAGUAGUCAGUUCAACUAAGUCUUCUUGCAAUAGUUUUCUGUAGCCAAAUCUUAAUUACCAAGCUCACAUUUACGUCAAAGAUUCAAAAAAUUGUGCAUUGUGAAUGUAUGAAACAAACUUUAGUAGAGUGGAUGAUAAACGUGAAAUGAAAGUAAAGAUAGGCUAAAGAUAAGUUCAGAAAAGUGUGUGUGUGUGUGUGUGUGUUUUGUUAAUAUGAACUAAUAUUGUAUAGUGAAUAAAUACAUAGAUUCUUAAAAAAUUCCACUUUGAAAAAAACAACAACAACUGCAUAAAUGUUUGGAACAGCAACGAGAGCGAGUAAAUAAUGCCAGACGAUUGGGUGACCGGUGUUAUUUUUAGGAUCCUUCUUAGAUUGUCUUGCUCCGAUCCUGUUACAGUGUGAUUGAUGAUAAGAGAAACAUUAUGGAGGCAGUCAGAUUUGUAUCUUGUGGUUUCUUUCCUGUAACACGCAUGACACGCUCUCAGCCCAUGCUUCAUGUACUUCUCUUUACGUGUGCAUGGAUGUACUCUUCAGUGCUAAUUUAUUAUUUUGUGCAUGGUUUAAAUCUGGCCGACACUAUAUAUUCUCACGUUACCUGCUACUAUGGAAUAAAUGCAUUUCUGUGUUCACGCUGUUGCAUAACAUCAACGCUGCCAAAUGUGUUUGGAUCUGCACUUGCACAGUAUUUGUUUACAUUCUUUGAAAUGUUUAAAAACCUGCCAUACACUGUGUUGGACAUGUUCAUAUGAUAGCAAAAUCAUAAUGUGGGAGAAGCGGAGAAAGCCAAGUCACGUUUGUGAACAUUGACGCUUGAGUAGAUUUGAGAAGGAGUUGGCACAAGCACGCCGUGACCAUCAGCGCUGCCUCAUUUUCAGUGGGAUUGUACAUUCAUCUGUGCUCUUGCAGUUAUCGUAAACAUGAAUGCUGUAGAUGUUCUGCGCUUGUGAUCUUAUUCUCCUUAUUUUUUGUGUACAUUCCUAUCUUUCACAAAUUAUCUAGUGCUAUUUUGGUUUAAAAGUAAGACUACAUGUAUAAUGCAAGAUGCACGCCAUACUAAACAGAUGAAUAUUUUGUUACUUGUGCAGUGUUUCUCCAUUCUGUCUCAUAGAGUAGUGGGCAAUUGAUACACACAGACUUCUCUGUUUUCUUCAUGCCCAUUUGUAUAAUAUUGCCAAAUAAUAUAUUUAAUAAUUUAUGUAAAAGUAUAAGUUGCAAUGGUGAAAACACUACUUGUCCCCCCAGUGAAGUUGCUGAGUAGUUUACACAUUAAAGCUUAAUGCACUACACCUGUACACUGUAAAAAGUUGUGGGUAAUAAAGCUUUUUCAUUUGAA